AUGGAGGGCCCUCUUGUCCGAGUAGCCUUCCUAGCGCUCUCGGUGCUCGUCCAGGGCGUGGUGUCCGCACCAGUGGAGGUUUGCAAGUCUGCAAAGUACAAGGUGCUGCUGAGCAAGGCAGCCAGUAUUUUCAAGCCUUGGGAAUGGACCCAGGACGACAUUAUGGCCUAUGUCAAGGCAGAUGCGCUCAAGCCCGGGCUGCCAGUAGUGGUGCUGCUGGUCUUGUGCAUCCUCACGCUGCUGCUGCUGGUGCUCUGCGUCCCGCGCGACCUGGCAGGCCAGGCGUGGGCGGUGGUGGAUGAUGUCAAGGCCUUUGCCGGCGGUGUCGCCGACGGCAUCGACGGCGUUUCUCGCCUCGCCGGCAACAUGACCGUGCCCCUCGACCAGCUCUCGGCCGUAAUCGCCGAGGACGUCGACCCCACCGGCCUCCGCGCCAACGUGUCCAAGGUUGGCUACUUCCUCGACAACGCCCCCGCGCCGUCAGAGUUCAAGGCGGCGAUCACAAACCUCGGGGCCGCGCUCAGGCCCGGGCUCACCGGCGCGCUGGCGGCGCUGGCCGGCCUGCUGUCUGGGGCGUCGAGCCCGCUGACGGACCUGAGCGCGCGGCUGGCCGCGGUUUCGGCGCUGACGACCGGCGGGCAGCUGGCGGCGAUGGACGCCGCGCUCGACGCGUACUCGAGUGCGGUUGCUGACGCCCUGUCGAACCCGCCGCCCGGCGCGUACGUGGCGCCGGGCACGCCGGAGGUCCAGGCGCUCAUCGCCGCGCAGGCCGGCGUCGACGCGCCGACCUGGGUCUCCCAAAUCGACGCCGCGGCCGCAGCCGUGGAGGCGAUCCAGGCGAUGCAGAGCAACGCGUCCGCGAACCCCUUCACACGCCUAGCGGCGGGCAUAUCGGACGCCGACGCGAAGGUGACGGACAUCAGGUCGAAUCUGCUGCCGGUGCUGGUGUCGAACGUCACCACGUUCAACGGGCUGUUCUACCGCAACGCGAGCUUCGCCAUGCGUGGGCUCCUCGACCAGGCUGUCCACAUUAACUUGACCGUGGUGGUGCUGCCCGAGGAUGCGCUGAGCCAGGCGGCCACGCUAAAUUUGACGCUGAUAACCUUGGACGCAAUCUACAAUACCACGCCUUCGCCGCUGACCCUGGAGAUCAACCUCACGUCGCUCAACAGCCAGCUGGCGCUGCCGCCAGAGGGCACCCAGCUGCUGAACAGCCUGCUCGACGCGGCCAGCGCCCUGGACGGCAGCGUGUCGCUAAUGGCGGACCUCGCGGCCAGCCUGCGCAACGUCAGCAGCCUUGUGGCCGCGAUGGGGGCCGACGCAGCCGCCAUUGGCACCGCGCUCAGCGACUAUGUCGACACCGCCGGCCCCUGGGGCGACGUGCAGACCGCGCUAUCUGCCGGGGCCCCCAAUGUCGCGGCCGCCGCCGAGGCGACGCAUAUGGCAAACUCCGACGCUGGCGCCAGGUCGGCGCCACUCGCUGACGUGGCAACGCGGAUGUCGGGCUUUGAGCCGCAGCGGCAGGCAGUUGCGGGCUCGCUGGGCGGGGUCAUUGCCGACGUCAACGCCGCGCCGGACUUGAGCCAAUUUGCGUCGAGCCUGGACGGCGUGCAACCGGCGUAUGCGGCACUGGGUUCGCCGCCGUCACAGGCCCUGUCUCCCAUUCUGUCUCUGCUGGACAGCAUUCACCAGCUCACCAGCCAGACAGCCGAUGACAUUAGGGGCCAAGUGGACAGUGCGACGCAGCCAAUGGACGAGGCAUCGCACCGGGUGCGCGCCAUCAGCGACCGCGUGGACGGCUACCAGGCACGCUUCACACCCAUAGUGGCGAAGUACCAGAGAUAUGCCUCAACGGGGCUGAUGUGUUCCUACGGCCUUAUCAUGCUGCUGAUCCUGUUGCUCCUGAUCAGCGCGUGGCGCAACUGCCCCGCCGGCCUCUGCCUCUUCGGCUUCCUGUUGAUCGUCCUGCUGACCGUCUUCAGCGUGCUGCCCCUGAUCUACACCGUGGCCGUCAUCGCCCUGCGCGACGGCUGCGCCAAUGUCGAGGUCAUCGCCCAGGACAUCCUCACGAAUGGCGGCUUCGGCUUACAUGGACUGGCCGGCGCCUCCAACGGCACCAACCCAGCCGUGCUGGCGCUGGAUUACUACUUUGGGGACCCGGCGGUCAACCAGAACCGCAGCGCCGCUGACGUCAUCCAGGGGGUGGUUGACGUGGCCGCCCUCAAGGCGCAGGUCAACAGCAGCGUCAACGACGCGCUCGACGGCAUCCAGCGGGACUUUGAGUUCCGGCCCAAGGCGCGUGGGAGACGGGCUUUGCGGGAUGGUUUCUUGCGGAGGGCCACAUGCACAGCAGGCUCUGUUCUGCAAGCCAUGCGACGCCCUCGGCUGCGCAGCAGCCCCGUGCAACUGCAGGUGGCCGUCAUCAUCGCGGGUGUCGGAACCCGGGUCAACGCCCUAUUUGCUGGCGUUGACUCCACCGUUGACCUCCUGAACUUCUCAAACGUGCGGCCCCUGUACGAGCGCGUCAAGGGCCUCCUCUGCUGCAUCCUCGCCGACGUCGUCUACAUCCAGUGGCUCGCCACCCUCACCUUUGGCUUCCUCGCCUGGCUCUCCAUGGUGUGCGCCCUGGUCGUGCUGCGCAAGCUGGACUCGCUGGCCGACGGCUGCUGCGGCUGCGUGUGCUUUGACAAGAGGGACUACCAACCGGCCCCCAGCCCGGGGUCGCGGCCGUCAGUCGCGCUCGCGCCACGGGGGCUGUCGAGCAUCGGGCUGGAGGAGGGCGCAGUCGUGGCGUCGAUCACGAUCGGCGGCGGCGCCGGCAGGAAGAGCAAGGCGGGCAGCUUCGUGGCCGCCAGCCCGGGGUCGCGCUACAGCGUCGGCGAGCAAGGGGCUGGCAGCGUCGCGGCCAGCGCGCGCUCGUUUGACCGGCCGACGUCCGCGACGGCGGUGCAGCAGCAGCAGCAGCAGCACGUGGCGUACCCUCCGAUGCAGCACGCCACCAGUGGCCCGAUGCUGUCGCCCCGCAUGUACCCGGACCUCGCGCCCGGCGGCAGCGGCCAGCAGCAGGCGUACCCUCAAGUGUGGUCACGGGGCUCCUCGGUCACCGCCGGCCCGGGGCAGCACCUGCCGCUCGCGGACGCGCGCGCUGCGCUGCUGGCGGAACCUUCGGCGCCGCCGGCGCACGCAGGGAUGCUGCCGCAGCAGACGGGGCCGCUGCUCGGCGCAGGGUUCAUGGGGCGGCCCGCGGCGCAGCAGCCGGUCAUGGGAUACCCACGCAGCAGGGCGCCUUCGGGCACCGGGGCGGGGAUGAUGUGA